GUGCAACGUCAGUUCUGCAGAAUCUUCGUGCGAGAGCUAGGUGGUGUUUUCUGUAGUGGGUUUCUCGCAUCAAGACCGUUGGCGCUUCAACUGGACUAGGAAAUCGACAACAUGCCUCGUGUCUACAUCGGCCGACUGAGCUAUCAUGUCCGGGAGAAGGACAUCCAGAGGUUCUUCAGUGGUUAUGGGAAGCUUUUAGAAAUCGACCUGAAAAAUGGGUAUGGCUUUGUGGAAUUUGAGGACACGCGUGAUGCCGACGACGCAGUAUAUGAGCUGAAUGGGAGGGAGUUGUGUGGCGAGCGAGUCAUCGUGGAGCAUGCCCGGGGACCACGGCGGGACCGAGAUGGAUACGAUGGGGGUUAUGGGGGUGGUGGGCGCAGCAGUAGUGGUGGUUACAGCAGCAGAAGCCGUACUGGCAGGGAUAAGUACGGGCCGCCUGUCCGCACGGAGUAUCGUCUCAUUGUGGAGAACCUGUCCAGUCGCUGCAGCUGGCAGGACCUGAAGGAUUUUAUGCGUCAAGCUGGGGAAGUGACGUAUGCUGACGCCCACAAGGAACGCACCAAUGAGGGCGUCAUCGAGUUCCGCUCCCACUCUGACAUGAGGAGAGCCCUGGAUGAGCUGGACGGCGCCGACAUCAACGGCAGGAAGAUCCGCCUUGUGGAGGACAAGCCCCGCCGCCGCCGCUCCUACUCCGGCAGCCGGUCCCGGUCCCGCAGCAGACGCCGUUCUCGCAGCAGGAGUCGCAGGAGCAGCCGAUCCCGUAGCAACUCCAGAUCCCGUUCACGAUCCCGCUCUCGCAGCAAGCGCCGCUCCAGAUCCGGACGCAAAUCCCGCUCCAGAUCCAGGCGCCGGUCCAAUACCAAGUCUCCCGCCCGCAAGUCCCGCUCUCGCUCCCGCGACAGGAAGUCUCGUUCCCGCUCGCACAACAGGAAGUCCCGCAGCCGCUCCCCCAGCCACCAGUCCCGUUCCCGCUCUGACACCCGCAAGUCGCGGUCCAAGAGCCGCUCCAAGCCGAAGUCUGACCGCGACUCUCGCAGCCGCUCCAAGGAGAAGUCAGUGGGCAAGAAGUCCCGCAGUCGCUCCCCCUCCCCCGUGGAGAACGGGAAGGCAGAGUGCGCCAAGUCUGCCUCACGUUCCCCAUCGCCACAGGGCGACCGUGGCCAUUCAAAGUCCCCCGCCAAACGCUCUGCCUCCCGUUCCCCGUCGCGCUCAAAGUCCCGCUCCCGGUCCAGGUCCCGCUCCAGAUCGGCCUCCCGGGACUAAGACCCCACACUCACUCCCCGGCUUAGCAGAGCUAUUCCAAUCAAUAAGUGGUUUGAAAUUCGUUUCCACUGACCAGUUGUGGCUCCAGGUGCUCCCAAGAUUUGGUCAGUCUUAACUUAGUCCUUUCUCAAAGCACUUGGUACUGAAGCUAUGUUUUCUAAUGAAUAUUGGAAAAUCCUUAAAUAUUUUGAACUUUGCAUGACAAGACCGGGCAGUAAGUUGGUGGGUUGCUCAAAAUUGUGGAUACACAAGGAACUAUUGAUUAAAUUUUGUAUAUUUUCUGAAAUUCUUUGCAUUUUCAUAUUGAAUGCCUGGCUUGCUGGUUGGCUUUUCUGUUUGCUGAGUUUUACUGCAGGUGUCUCUUUGACUGCUCUCAGGGUCCUGUCUUGUGUGACGCCAAUAGUGUUAUAGGGUUUUUGGUCCCACUCAUUAAGGCAUCUUAAACCAAAAUUGAUUCCCCUGUUAACCAUGAUGUGAUGACAAAUGAAGCAUUACUUUAUGUGGUUAUAUCUUAGUUGAAAUUUUGUCUGUUCAGGUAAUGUGUACCCGCUGAAAUAAGAUUCCUUCAGUUGCUGGUGUCUGUUGCAGAUGCUUUAUUUGAAAAUAAGUUUAAGUGUACUGUAGUUUGUUUCCUUAGUAUUUUUAUUUUUUAAGUUAGACAUUGCUUGUUAAGAUGGAGGCACUCUACUUGAUUGUCUGAUGGCAGAAUAUGAUUUUUUUUUUUGAAAGUUGUGUGCUUUGGCCAUUGAUAAUUGGGACUUGCUACAGUGUGCAUAAAUCACUUAAUUGCCAAAGUAUAUAACCAAGGAAAAAGCAUGUCAACCUUUCAUUGUACUAUCAUGAGAAGCUUGUAGAUUAUUCAUUUUGCCAGGCAGAAUGCCGUUUAAAAUGGAUUUUAAAGAAAUGUCUUCACUUUUGUUUGCUUUAAUUUGUAACGUUUUAUGAGUUUAAUAAACAUUCUUGAUAAA